AUGCAUACCCAACAGCUCACCCAAAUCCAUUUCGGGCCCAAACCUCAUGAUUAUGAGCCUGUAACCCAGAACAAGGUCGAAACCAGCGCCUACGCUCUGGAGGAGGCCAAGCUCCAAGACACUCUGCUGAAAUUGUGUCCCGCAAACCUCUGGCACAAUGGAUCCUACUCGAGUGGCUGUCCCCGGCCAAUCCUCGUUGGGAAGCAUCAUCAGCAGCAGAUGCAGGACCUGCACGAGGCCCUGACCAUCGCCAUCACCGACAUUGUCCAACGCUGGUGGACCGACCGUGAUGCGAGAUUCCCCGAGAGGAUGCCUCUAGAGAAGGAGGAGGAGGAGAUCUUGAGGUGGGUAGAUGGUCAAGUCUCGUGCGGAAACAUUGCACCCUUCUCAGAAUGUCUGGGAUCGUGGAGACCCGACUUUCUAGUGGAUGAGGAUGAACAGCGAGAAGAAAACUACAGGAUCACCGAGAUCAACGCUCGUUUCUCAUUCAAUGGGUUCUUGCAUGAGGCUUACGGCCAGGAAGCGCUGAACAGAUCCCUGCCAGAAGGUCCAGGUGGGCUUGUAGGCGCCACAAAUCCAGACAUGAUCCUGGAUGGACUAUUUGGCCUCUUUCAACCGCAAUAUCCACUUCAUCUCCUAAAAGGAGCUGAACAUGGAAUUGAUAUUCACAUGUUCAUCGAUGCGGUCUGGCGUCGCUUCGGCAUUAAGCCCCGGCUCAUCACCCCUGCCGACCUCAGAUUGUUUCCUGACCCCCGGAGCAAGAGUGGUUACCGCCUUUGUUGCAUUGUCAAGAACCGCGGCGACUUUGGUUCGUCUACUAAUUCAUGGAUCUUUACGACAAACGGAGGUGAGAUCUGGGAGGAGAUCCACCAGGUCGGUCUGGAGCUGCAUCAGCGAGAGCUGGUGGCCCUAGAGCCUGAGAUGUGGCGCCAACUGAGUCUGCGGUGCUUCAAUGACAUGCGGACUGUUCUGCUGGUCCAUGACAAACGCAUGCUUGGCAUUGUCAAGGACGAAAUUCCGCAUCUGGUGGCCCGCAUGGUGCUUACGCCCUCCCAGGCUGAGGCCCUGGCCAGUGGGGUUGUGGACACGAUCCUACCAGGGUCACGAAGGCUGCACGAUCUACUGGAGCUGUCCAGGGCCUCACCUCGGCUGCGGCACGAUUACAUCCUGAAGCCAAUCCGCAGCGGUAAAGGCGACGGCAUCGUAUUCGGCGAUGAUGUUGACGCAGACGAGUGGGUGGCCGCCUUGGAAGGCCUCGUAUCGCCAAAGGUGGUGCCAGGGAUAACCUGCGUCGUACAGCGCCGCAUCAGGCCGCGUCUGUAUGAUCUCGCCUUGAAGGCGUCUGUGGGAAUGGUCCGGUAUCCUCUUGUGGGCACCUAUCAUGUUGCCAAUGGGAAGCUGCUCGGCCUUGGAACGUGGCGCGCAAGCAGCGGGCGCAUCGUUGCCCUUGAUUCACGGCUUCCGAUUGAUGUGUCUACGAAGCUUUUCACGAUGAAUCAGCACCUCGCAGUUCCAUUGAGCUGCGCGGCCUUGGCUAUCACGGUACUCACCACAAUUGCUGCCCUCACCUCUGUGUUUCGUCAACUUCGAAGCGGCAAGCCCAAAGACCGCUUCUAUGACGAUCGCGAUGGUUGUGCAACACCACAGUCUCUGGCAGCCUUUUCAACAAAAGGCAUCAAAGCCCUCAUUUUGCUCUUUUCGGCUUUUGGGGCGGGAACAUCUGCAGCCAGUCUGAUUCUCUCAUCCCUUCACAGUGAUGAUGAUGAGUUGAUCUUGGAGAAUGCUUUACGCACAGCUACUUGGCAACACAAGAACUUGAGCUCUCUGCUAUGGAUCAUAAGUACCAUUGUAGCCGUGGGACUGGCCCUGUCUUGCGGCAUACUUCCCCGAAGACCACAUGUGUUUUAUGACAACCGCAAGGUUGAUGCUCAGUGGACUGUUUCUACUCUCAGUCGAUACACAUGGACAUGGGUGCAGCCGCUUCUCCUCCAUGCUGCCCUCCACAACGACAUUAAUCUCGAGGAUGUCCCUCAGCCAGACUCGAGGAUGAGGUCCCAGGCGCUGAAAAGCGCAUGGGACAGGCUCGACAAGACAUUUUCACUCAUCAAGUCUCUGUUCGGUGCCUACAAGGGAAAGCUGGCCAUCCUUUGGGCAGUAACUCUUGUCCGAUGUGCUGUUAGCAUUGGGCCUUUUUGGUUUAUGCUCCGGACUCUCAACAUUCUUGAGCACCAGGUCAUAGGAUCACACAAUAUGGAGCUGAUGGCUCUCAUUUUGGGAAUGUCUAUAUCCAACCUUCUUGACUCUUGGAUGGAGGGAUGGUCCUACUGGUUCUCUCUGUCGGAUCUGGCCUUGCCAGUCCGUACGCAGAUAUCAGGUCUCAUCUUUGACAAAGCACUGCGACGAAAGAACAUUAGGUCCGUCCAACAAGAGGAUCGUGAUUCUGAGGAAGAGGACAGCGAUUCCUCAGAAGAUGUGGUCGCCCUCAAGUCUCACCAGAGCAUUGUGAACCUCGUCGGUGUUGAUACCGAACGUAUCUUCUACUUCGUGCAGUAUCACUUCUUGAUACUCACCGGAAUGGUCAAACUCGUCAUUUUCUCUGCAUUUCUUCUGAAACUCCUAGGAUGGAUUCCCUUCCUCGCAGGAAUCCUAGCUUGGGCUUCUACACUGCCCGCCAACACAUGGUUCUCGAAAAGGGUCCUUGCUGAAUCCAGGUCCCUGAUGAAGCUUCGGGAUACCAAACUUUCCAGAAUUAGCGAAGUACUUCUCGGGAUGCGCCAGAUCAAGUUUGGUGCACUGGAGUCUCAAUGGGAGCAACGCAUUCUUGCUUUGAGAGAAACUGAGCUGAAAACCUUGUGGAAGUUCUUUCUUGCGGAUAGUGGGUUGUUUGCCUGCUGGGUGAUUAGUCCAAUUCUCUUGGCUGUUGCUUUACUCUCCGCUUACGUUCUAAUUCAUGGCUCCUUGUUGCCGUCGAUUGCGUUCGUUAGCAUCGGAAUCUUCAACACCCUUGAGACCACCUUGGGAUCACUUCCUGAGUUGUUCACUUUGGGUCUGGACUCUCUGGUCUCACUGAGAAGAAUCGACGCUUACUUGCAUGAGCCGGAGAGGCAAUGUAACCUGGCCGAUGGCCCUUCCAUCAGCUUUGAAGGGGCAUCUAUCUCUUGGCCGGUUGAGGACAUGGCAGGCGGGGAUGAAAUCUUUGCCAUGCAUGACCUCGAUUUUACCUUCCCCAACGGCGCCCUCUCGGUUAUCUCUGGAAAGGUUGGUUCUGGAAAGACUCUUCUUCUCUCCGCAAUAUUGGGCGAGGCAGAGCUGCUCAAAGGCACGAUCUGUGUGCCCAAGGCGCAAUACGCAUACCCUGACAAAUGGAUCAUCCCUGGAUCGGUUGCAUACGUCAGCCAAACAGCUUGGCUUGAGAACGACUCGUUGCGGAACAACAUUCUUUUUGGCCUCCCUUUCGAGCAGGCUAGGUAUGACACAGUCAUCAAAGUGUGUGCUCUGGAAGCAGACCUUGCUGUUCUUACAGAUGGGGAUAGCACGGAUCUAGGCGCGAAUGGAGUCAACCUGAGUGGUGGCCAGAAAUGGCGCGUUGCUCUCGCGCGUGCUGUUUACUCGCAGGCUGAAAUAUUGAUUAUGGAAGACAUCUUUAGUGCUGUUGACGCACAUGUCGGUGCCUGGAUCUUUGAGAAGUGUCUCACGGGGGAUAUCUGCCAAGGGCGCACUCGUAUCCUUGUCACACACCACUUGGGAUUAGUUCUCCCCGCGGCUAGCUUCGUGGUUGAGCUUUCCGGCGGUAUAGUCACAUAUUCCGGGCCACCAAAAGGCUCGGUUUGUUCUAUACAUUCAUGCCAGAGCCAAUCUGGUGAGGGCCUCGCGGAGACCGAGCUUGUCGACCACUUGGAGCCUGUGCGGCCCAUGAGUAGUGCAAGGGCAGCCGACGACCAGUCUCCAGAGUCAAGUUCGCCUACACCAAAGAAGUUUAUGCAAGAAGAGACUCGUGAGAAGGGCACAGUCAAGGGGAGUGUUUACUUGACCUACGUCAAGAGCAGCGGUGGCGUACUCCUCUGGGCCGGCUGCGUUGGAGUAUACCUUGCCUAUCAAGCGGGUGUUAUUGGCCGCGCCUGGUGGCUCCGAAUUUGGACAGGUCAAGCCAGUUCUGAGACUCUAAGUGGGAGUUUCUACGGACAGAGCAUCUACAACUCGGUCGUCUCAACGCAUCAGCUUCUUUCUCAGCCAUCAACGCAAGCUACUCUUCAAAGCGAUGUUUUCUUCUAUCUCAAAAUCUAUGUCGCAAUCUCCAUGGGCACUGUCAUCAUUGGUAUCCUACGAUACAUCUCAUCCUACUUCCUGGCUGUCCGAGCAAGUCGGUCCAUCUUUCAGCAGAUGCUCUUCAAGGUCAUGCGCGUUCCCAUGUUGUGGCUAGACACUGUUCCUACCGGACGUGUCUUGAACCGAUUUACGGCAGAUUUCAACAUCAUUGAUGAGCGAAUCGCAAUGACUUGGAGUAUGUUCUUCUCUAGUUUGCUUCGGUUACUUGGCAUUUGCAUCGCGUCCUGCUUCGCAUCGGCGUACCUUGUCCCUCCUGCGAUCCUCCUUCUCGGUCUAGGCAUCAUCGUUGGUCGCAAAUACCUUGUCGCCAGUCGGCCCCUCAAGCGGCUAGAAAGCAAUGCCAAGUCACCUAUUUUCGAGCUCUUCAACACUACCUUGGCGGGUAUCUCAACAAUCCGCGCCUUCCGGAGAACACACACGUAUCUCCUUCAGAUGCACAGAAACCUCGAUGCUUGGGUGAUGACGAGCUUUUAUAUCGCACUUGCCAACCGGUGGAUGAGUUUUCGUAUGGCUCUGAUUGCAGCUCUCUUCAGCAUUGCUGUGGGGACCGUCAUCAUCGUGAAACCGAUCGACGCAGCCCUGGCUGGACUGGCAUUAUCUUUCAUCCUGGACUUUUCCGAGAGUCUCCGUUGGACGAUACGGUGCUACGGCGAUAUGGAGCUGGGUAUGAACUCGAUGGAGCGUGUGCUUGAGUACAUGACCUUAGAGACAGAGCCACAGGAUGGAGAGAAGCCACCAGCAGCAUGGCCAACCUCAGGCGCUAUUGACAUGAGGGAUUUGGAGGUUUCUUAUGCCCCAGGCCUACCACCCGUUCUCAAAAGCCUUUCCCUGCAAAUUGGGAGUCACGAGCGUGUUGGCGUCGUUGGUCGUACUGGAGCAGGCAAGUCGUCAUUAACACUGGCCUUGUUCCGAUUUUUAGAAGCACGCUCAGGUAGUAUCAGUAUCGAUGGGGUCGAUAUUUCCAAGAUUCCAUUGAGCGACCUGAGGUCCAGGCUAUCAAUCAUCCCACAGCACCCCGUCCUCUUUUCGGGAACCAUAAGAUCAAACCUCGAUCCCUUUGGGCAACUAACGGAUGUUCAACUUUACGAGGCUUUGGCUCGAGUCGGGCUGAUCAACCCAGCCUCGUCAAAUAAUUCCAACAUCUUCCGCGACCUAUCAAGUCCUGUUUCAGAGUCUGGAGGGAAUCUGUCACAGGGUCAGCAGCAACUGCUCUGCAUUGCACGGUCCCUCAUCGCAAACUCCAAGAUCGUUGUCCUGGAUGAGGCGACGUCAGCUAUUGACGUGGCGACAGACACACUCAUCCAGCGUAAUAUUCGCGAGUGGUUUACUGACAGAACACUGGUUGUUAUCGCUCACAGGCUCAGCACUGUUGUAGACUUUGACAGGAUUCUUGUUCUCGAAAACGGCGUCCUGGUCGAGAACGGAAGCCCGCGCGAACUUUGGGAGAGAGACGGUACUUUUCGUAGUAUGUGUAACAGCACUGGGGCAAGCGAGAGCGAGAGGUUGAGAAAGGUUAUUAUGGGUUAG